AUCCUAACAUUCGAGCAGAACGUUCGCGAUGUAAGCGUGAUGCAAUGUCGUCGUGUCAUUUUGUGUGUUGAAAAAUACACUACGCGCUCCGUAGCGUCUCGACCUUAGAGAUGUCAAUCUUCGACUAUUUCCGAAAUUUAUUCGGCGCGAAACAUCGCAGCGAGCCUGGCACAAGCGGGCUUGGUGAUCAUUAUCCGCGUAGAGACAAAUUUCGAAAUCCGAUUUGGGAGCAUGAUGAAGAUGACGAUGACAUGGACGACUUUAGGCGUCCCAGAACAGGCAUGCACUUCCAUGUCUUUAGCGACCCAAUUGAGAUAACACGUUACUUUGAAACCCAGAUGGAUCAUAUAUUAAAAAAUUUUAUGUUUGGAUUUGAAGAUGGAUUCAUAGGAGCGUUACCAGUAGAAGAAAGAGAAACACUUAAAGCAAAUACUUUACGUGACAAAAUGCUGAAAUAUGGACCUGAUCUUCCUGUUAUAACACCUGAUCAGAAAAUAGAUACAGACUUGGAUGGAAAAAUCACAGCAGAAGAUUUCUCAAGAAUGUGGCGCGAAGAACAUGGAAGAACAACAGAUCCACCUAAACCUCAAUCUUUUUCCUUUGGAAAAUUUAUGAAAAAAGAGUUUGUACGUAGACCUGAUGGAACUUUAGAACAGAAACAAAUAAUCAGAGAUAGUGAAGGUAAUGAAGAAACAAUAGUCACAAGGGAAGUUGGCGGUCAAAAAUAUGUGGUCACUACAAAAACCGAUAAAAAUGGCAUUGAAACGAAAUCCGAAGAUUUGAUUAACAUGGAUGAAAAUGAAUUGAAAGAUUUCAAUAAAAAGUGGACACAUCCCAUAAAAGAUAACACAAAUGGCCAAAAUUUGGGUAGUUUCCCGUGGUAUAAAUUUUUUGGCCCUGAACCGAAAUUAUAACAAUGAAAUAAAGUGAAAGUAUUAUAGUCUAGUUUCUAGUGUCGAGUCGGUAAUAUAUACUUCCCGUACUGAAUACCUAAUAAACCGAUUGAACCAAAGAUAAAGUACUUCUUUAAUUUCUAACUGUAAAUUUUUCUUUAUUUCAUUAUUUCUUUAUUUGGAUUAUAUUCUGUACACAUUAUAUACAUACAUGCUUUAAUAAAACUUACAAUUUAUAUAUGCAAA